ACCCUUCCUCACGCACACGCACACACACACACGCACACACAGAUUUUUGCAUGCGAUUUUUUGCGUGUAAAAUCGCAUGCAUUCCGUCUGCAAAGCCGGAUCCGUGACAGUAACCUACUUUACGAGUGCCGCACCACCCUCUGAGCAUCCAAGUUGCAUUUUCUCCUCUCACCCUAACUUGACUGUGAGCCGGAGAAAUGAUUUCAGCGAACGUCACUCAUCUGCAUAAAAGGGAGUAAAAUGCAACCAUCCUCCUGCGAGGCUUUCUGCGCCUUAGAAACGCUCUCUCCAUCCGCGCCGUGCGAUUAAAGGACCUAACUAAUUGCUGCGUAUCCGAAACUACAAACAUGGAAGGAGUAGGAUGUUACUAGCGUCCGCUGUUGUGGUAUGGGAAUGGCUGAACGAGCACGGACGCUGGCGGCCCUACAGCCCGGCUGUCUGUCAUCACAUCGAGGCAGUCAUCCGGAGCGACCCGCGGUGUGGUAGUGUUGUCCUCGGUCAGGUGGACUCUCGCCUCUCGCCCUACAUCAUCGAUCUGCAUUCCAUGCACCAGUUCCGACAAGACACAGGUACCCUUCGACCGGUACGACGUAGCUUCUACGACCCCACUUCAGCGCCAGGCCAGGGCUGGUUGUGGGAGUGGGAGAACGACACUGGCAGUUGGACGGCAUACGACACGGACGUGGGCAUUGCCAUCCAGGCAGCACGAGAUCGUCAGCAGCCCUGGCUGGACCUGGCGCCGCUGGGUUUCUGCUACCUCAUUGACUUCGAAAGCAUGACCCAAAUCAACGGGCAGACACAACGCUGCCGGCGCAUCCAGCGCCGCUCUGACCUGGCGUACCCGCUGGUGUCCGGGCCCUUGCCUAAGUCCCACCAUGCCUGGGGGCCCGCGUCAGUGCCCAGCAAUGCAGGACUGCUUGGUGUGGAUGUGUCUGGAGUGGGCAUGGGGCUCAGGAUGAGCAACAGUGGGACUGGAAAUGGAAGUGCAUACCCCAGUGGAGCGCUCCCUGCUUCAGCCAUCACCUCUCUGGGACAGCCAUGCGCCUGUCAGCAGUGUAUGUUGGUGCUGAGUGUCAAAGCGGGCACCAUGUCAACUGCUCACACCCUGGGUCGAAGACCGCCACAGACCAAACCACCAAGUCCCAAAAUCAGCAGUCACCCUGCUCCUGGAGGCUCGUAUUCACUGACUCUCCCUCGGCCACCUACCCUGUCACGAUCACUGUCCCCAAACAGGACGUCUAUAGUUGGGGCAACAGGUGGCUAUAGUGUCAGUGGGAUGGGUGGUGCAGGAGGUGUGAGCAUCGUUGGAGGCAGCGGCGUUAGCAGUGCCAGCUUUGGCUUUGGUGGCGGCUUCACUCACUCUCUGUCCCUCCUCGGCUCAGCUACUGCAGCCCUCUCCAUCUCCUCCACCCGCCCCCCUCCUCCACCUCUCCCCCCACCACCGCCGCCUCCAGCACCGCUCACGUCGUCCUCAUCGGUCGCCACCUCUAACCCUCACCCCUCCAACUCCUCAUCAGCCCCCCUCUCCAUUUCCUGUUCGGCCUCUGCAGUGUGCCCUCCGGGCCCCCCUCUCAUCUCCACAGUGGCCUCCACCUGCACGCCCUCGCCUUCGGCCCGUGUCCUGGGUCCAGUGUCUUCGUCCGGUGCGGCUGCCUGCGCGGCGCCUCUGCCACCUCGGUCCAGCCUGGCUGGGCUGAGUCGGCCUGCACUGCAGCGCAUUGCCAUGGCUCAGUCACGUGCCCUUAUUGCCUCUGGUGUGCCAACAGUUCCAGUGAAGAACCUGAAUGGAUCCAGCCCUGUGCAUCCUGCACUGGCAGGUAUUACAGGCAUCCUGAUGAGCGCAGCAGGACUCCCUGUGUGCCUGACCCGUCCGCCCAAGCUGGUGCUUCACCCGCCACCGGUCAGCAAGAGCGACAUCAAGCCUGUGCCCGGUCUGGGCCACUGCUGCCGUAAGACGACCAAGAAACAGGCCAGAAAAGGCAAGACCCCAGAGGAAGUGGUGAAGCGUUACCUGCAGAAAGUCCGUAAUCCCCCUGAAGAGGACUGCACCAUCUGUAUGGAGGCCCUGGCAGGACCGUCGGGCUACAAGGGUCCCGGCGUGGGCGGCAUCUCCCGCGCUGAGUCGGUGGGCCGCCUGGCACAGUGUGGCCACCAGUACCACCUCCAGUGCCUCGUUGCCAUGUACAACAACGGCAACAAGGACGGCAGCCUUCAGUGUCCCACCUGCAAGACCAUUUAUGGAGUCAAGACCGGCAACCAGCCCCCAGGCAAGAUGGAGUAUCAUGUCAUCCCCCACUCGCUGCCCGGCCACCCUGACUGCAAAACCAUCCGCAUCAUUUACAACAUCCCUCCUGGCAUCCAGGGGCCAGAGCACCCAAAUCCAGGCAAACCCUUCACCGCUCGUGGUUUCCCCAGACACUGCUACCUCCCUGAUAGCGAAAAGGGACGCAAGGUUCUGAGGCUGCUUCUGGUAGCGUGGGACCGCCGGCUCAUUUUCUCUGUAGGCACGUCCAGCACCACCGGCGAGUCCGACACAGUCAUCUGGAACGAGGUGCACCACAAGACAGAGUUUGGCUCAAACCUGACUGGCCAUGGGUAUCCUGACCCUGGACACUUGGACAAUGUCCUGGAGGAGCUCAAGGCUCAGGGCAUCACAGAGGAGGAGUGUCUACCCAGAGACUGAACCCAAUUCAAGACACUUAGGACACGAGAAACCACACUGGAGUCUGUAAACACACAAUGCUGGAAAGAAACCUGGAGGUGGGAAAGUUCAUUAUUUUCAAGAUCUGACUUAACAGACGGAGAGAAACUUUUACCACCAGAGAAGGAAAAACGGCUGAAGAAAAACAAAACUCUUCAUGGCACCUUUACAGAAAUAGUAUCAACAGGAUCCUGUGACUGCAUGAGUCAGUUUUCAAAACAGCGGGAAUCUUUUUUUUUUUUCCUUUUCACAGUAACGGUGUCAAGAUCACAGAUGUUAUUCCGUGAGACUUUUGAGGCCACUGUGCACGUUUGAGUCAGUGUUAGAUGAAUAAACAACUGUCAUUUCUACUGUGAGGCUUCAUAUCAAGAAUGUAACUAAGUCAGUUUUGCCGAACUGGAGUGUUUAUCACUGCUGCUGCUGCUGCUGCUGCUGCUGCUGCUGCGUGGAGUUGAAAUGAGGUUAUUAUGAAGUCAAAAUGUGGGUUCUGUGUUUUUUUUUAAGUGUUAGUGCACAAUCAGAAACAAGUUCUCACAGCAGAUACAUAUUUAAAGUGUAUAACUGGAUAUCUGAGCAUGGACAUUUGCUGACCUCUAGUGGUACUUUUACAGAACUACAUUCCUUUUUAUGUUUGCUUUGUAACUUCGAUUAUUGUAUAUUAUGAAUACUUGAUAUAUUACAUCAUAUCAAUUCCAUUCUAACAUGUUUUUAUAUUUUGAUUUUAUAUGGUGUGCUGGUGUAACUGAGAUUGCCCGACACUUUAUUUGCCCUUCACCAGCCCCUUUCUUUAAAAAAAAAAAAAAAAAAAACACACAAAAAACCCCAAUAAUAAUAAUUUUCAGUAUUUUGUAUUUAAUUGUCUCACAAACUGACAUUCCUUAACUGUUCUGCCAUCAGAGCACUGGCACAAUGAAUAGCUUUCAGUUUUGUAUCUGCAUUGAUGUUAGGACUGAUAGUAAAUCCCCGCCCCGCCUCCUCAAAAAAGCUUAGACUGACCCUCCAGCCCCAGCGUAGAUUUGCACAGAGAGGAAACAAACAACUCAUAUCUGCUGUAUUAUUUUUGUGUUACACACACACACACACACACCGGCCUCAAAUGUUGCAAUCACAGUACAAAAUGUGAACAUUAGUUAUUUUUGUCAUAUUCAGUGUUUUUUCCAUCAGCAGGUGCAAAAGACUAUCUCUUGUCAUGGACGCAGCUUUGGCCAAAGUGGCCGGGUCAGUUUGCAUUGGGUCAGUUUGCAUUGGGGUCUGCUGCAGGCCGGUUUAUAAGAUGAGAUGUACAACAGUAUGUGUUGACAUACUAAUGUAGGCCAACAUUAAAAGCAUUUAUACUUUAUACUUUAUGUAUAUGCACUGUACUGUAUGUUUGUGUUUUAUGUGCACAAAUUUGCAUUAAACAUUUUUCUAAGGUUCAAACCAACUGGAACUUUUCUUUUUUUUUUGUCCUGAUUUACUCUUUAUUUUAGGGUUGACUUGAAUGACGUGCCAUUUUAAGCAGCCGCUGUGUCCCAAAACAAGAGAAUGGUAAUCACUCAGACAGUGUUAAUAGCAGACAUUAGCAGACUGAAUGAAGCAGAAAUAUGUAUGUAUUUUGUCACUUUUUAAGGAGCAUGUACUAUUUUCUGAAUAUAACA